ACACGCACACACUCGGCCAUAUUUGUUUGGACUCAGGUGUUGAAAGCAUCUGGUUACCGGUGUGUGGGUAUUUACGUCUGCAGCCGAUAAUUGCAACGAUGAAAUCGUUGAUACGAAGACAGUCAACGCACUUCUUGUGCAUCCUAUUAGCAUGGCUGGUGAGUGUUGUCAAGACAGAGGUCCAGCCCCUCAACGACGGCAAUGUCAAUAGUAUUUUAGGUACACAUGAAAUAGUGUUCGUGAAUUUCUAUGCUGACUGGUGCCGAUUCAGUCAGAUGUUGACACCUGUGUUUGAAGAAGCAUCCAACAAAGUGAGGGAAGCAUUCCCUAUGCCUGGCAGAGUUGUUUUUGGAAAAGUAGACUGUGAUCGAGAAACCACUAUUGCUCAAACAUAUAGAAUCAACAAAUAUCCCACUUUAAAACUUUUCCGGAAUGGUGAAGUUGUGAAGAAAGAAUAUAGGGGUCAGAGGUCAGCCGACUCCCUAGCUCAGUUCAUCAAGGAUCAGUUGACCGACCCUGCGGAGGAGCACACAGAUGCAGAGUCCUUGGAGGAACUAAAUAACAAAAAGAGGCAUGUUGUGGGAUAUUUCCAAGCUAAGAACUCUGAUACAUACAAGACAUUUGCCAGAGUUGCAAGUUCCUUCAGAGAUGAUUGCAAAUUUCAUGCUCUGUUUGGAACAGCAUCAGAGGCUGAGAGGACAGCUGGAGACCGUGUUGUGUUCAGACCACCUGGCACUGGCAAACAGGACAUGAUGUUCAUGGGCAGCCUGACCGAUUUUGAGAAUCUGCGCGUGUGGAUUCAGGACAAGUGUGUGCCCCUUGUCAGGGAGAUUACUUUUGAAAAUGCAGAGGAAUUGACAGAAGAGGGUUUGCCGUUCCUGAUAUUGUUUCACAACCCUGAGGACCAUGCCGUGGUUGAAAAGUUUAAUCAUGAAGUUUCUACACAGCUAUUGCAUGAGAAAGCAAAUGUUAAUUUCCUGACUGCUGAUGGGAGUAAAUUCACCCACCCUCUCCACCAUAUUGGCAAGACUCUGAGUGACCUGCCUGUCCUCGCCAUUGACAGUUUCAGGCACAUGUACAUCUUCCCCCAUGAUGUAAAGAAGGAUUUAGAUAAGCCAGGCAUACUUAAAAAGUUCAUUGAGGAUCUUCAUUCCGGGAAACUUCACCGAGAGUUCCAUCAUGGGCCUGAUCCCACAGAGGCUACACCAGCACAGAUCGCUAAUGAGCAGCCUGGAGAUGCAAAACAUGUACCAAAGGAUACAGUUAGUGGUGGAACGCCACCACUUAAAAAACCAACAUCGCCCCCGGAGUCAACAUUUAGAAAGCUUGCACCCUCAAGCAACAGAUAUACUAUACUCAAGGACGAGCUAUAGAUCAUAAAAAUCUCAUUGAAAAUGAAAAGCUGAUUUUAUAUGUCUGUAUGAAAGUGGAGUGAACCUGUUUGGGUGUAUAUAUUCUUCUGAAUGUGUAUGUAAUUGGGGAUUCAUAUUUAAUGAUUUAUGUGUCCCUCUCUACAGGGUUCACUGUGUUUCUGUUUAUCAUGUUGAUGUAAUUCUCUCAGAAAGUUGGAAACAAUCAGAUCCUGCUGUCAACUCCUGAUAUAAUGAACUCAAAGGGAUGUCUGGGUUAAAGUGUUUACCUCAUGUUUGUCGAACACUCAUGUACUUGAGUUUGGCUUAAAAAAAAAUGGUCUUGGUUCUCAGGCACCACCCACAUCAUCAAAAUUUUUAAGGUAGUCUAAUACUGUAUUCCAGUAUUUUACAUUUAUGUAGGGAGGCCCUUUCCCAGGUUGAUUGUACAUAACUGUUUAUUUCGUUACAUACAAGUUUGAACAACCAAAAGAAGAAAUAAGAGACACCGUCCACCCACACUAUAUGUUCAAAAACCAUUGCUUGAGAACCAAUUCUUUUAUUUUGUUAGGCGUUAUUGUCAUGAUUUUUUCAUUUGUCUUGUCUGGAGUUGACUGUAGUUGGAUACAAUACAUAAACACAACCAGGUCUUAGCAGCUGUAGUUGCUAGAUUAUAAAGGAGGAAUAGUUUCCUCACACUGGCUACACACUGAACAGUCCCAUUAGCUCCCUUCACUGCUGUGGUAGAAACAAAUAUGGUAUUUCACUCUUAUUAUUUUGUAAUUGAAUCUUCAGUAGUCCUUGAUGUUCAAUUUCACCAGUUCAUGAGUCUCGGUAAUUAUUAUUUAUUUCAUCAUAAAUAUAUGCGUUAUUUGAAGUGAAUUGAAAGGGUCUAUAGAGUAAGUGUGCAUCGAUAGCAAACAAUAGCCUGAAAUCCAUAUUAUUUAUCUCUGUUGUCAAAGGAUAUAUUCUGAAUACUUCAAAUCUCUCUCUUCCUGUCAUUUAUAUUUCAGUUUUAUGGAUUGAUUUUGACCUGAAGUUGUAAAGGAUACAUUUCGUUGUGAUGAUGUGGAUUAUGAAUUGUAAUGUGUAUUGUUUUACUUGUUGUUGCAUGAACAGUUAACCAGGAGACACUGUUGCUGCUGUUUUAGCUCUUAUGUUGCAGUUGAAAUUUGUUACUGUAUUCAGUUGUGCAUAGAACAGUUCAGAAUUAGUCAAUGAGGAUGAGAUCGUGUGCCAUUGUUAAAUGUUUCCAUAGCUUGAUACUCGAUUUCAUCGGUGAUUUUGUGGAAAGUGAAGUAUUCGAGAACUUGCUUUCAUUCUCAUCAGCGAAAUAUCCUACAGAUCUGGACCCAAAAAAAAUCUUCUGCAGUCGCACAUUUUGUCCUUUCUUAAGAAACCGCUGACACCAGGUUAUAUUGGUGUGUGUGAUCCUGCAACUUGUGUCAGCUCAUUGCAAGAUCAAGAUGGAUUCUUAUUGCUGUUAUUUGUGUCCUCAUCCUCAAUUAUCCAGGGUGCAAUGUGUCCAUUUUAUUUGGAUAUGAUAGAAGUAGCUGGCCAGUCAGUAUACAUAUUAAUAGAAAGGAGAUGUAGUACGCUGGAAUAUUGAGGAUGAUUUAUACAAUAUGAAGUGGUGUAGUUCUACACAUGCCAUGUUAUCUAUCAUAAUCAGUCAUAAACUGCCUAUUGCUGUUAAGCAUUUGUUUUGUAUAUAUAAAAUUUAAAUGGGGCAGUACAGGCAAUAGUUGAAAGGCCAAAGUAGCAGUACAUUGGAUGUAGGUACCAUAAAUGAUACCAUAGAAGCUAUUCUUGAUAAUCCUUAAUAAACUUGAGUAUGCUGUUGCAUUUGUUACACAUUCAGAAAUGUGUAAAGGAACGUUAAUGUUGAAGGAUUCUGGUCAUAAUAGCCUGGUGUACAUACCGUAGCCUCAAGUCACUGUACAGUGUGAUCCUCACCCCAAUAUGUGAUCCGUGACACCAUCUGUCUGAUUGCUAAUGUGUGAUUCUAUCUUUCCUGUCUCUGUUAUGUUCUUUUAUUUCACUUCAACCGGUUUAAGUGUAAUUUGGGAGUGCAAUAUGGCUUUCAUUACAACCUCCUUGUGAAGACACUUAUAAACCUCGUGACUGGAGGCUCAUUUGGUAACAAUCUGUAUGCUCUCCCUGAUUGUUCUUUCCUAGGAUAUGGUGAUCACUUUUCUAGCCACUCAUUUGUAUAUAGUCAAAGAACGAGGUAUUUAUUGAGCCAGAAAACAGGUAUAAAAUAUAAUUACUGAUACACGUAGUUGCUUCAGUUUGUGCAUGAUUCUGCUUUGUUUCCUCAUCAAUAUUUAAUGAUAAAGCUCAAAUAUAUUCAGAAUGAUUUGCUCUCCGGAUAAGCUCCUUAGAUAUAUUGAAGCUGUAUUGUCUCAAGGGAGCAAUGUUACUGAACUUGGGAUUCUGCCACACUUUUUUCAGUUUAAAGUAAGGAAACCUACUUUCGGGCAUUUCAUUUUAUAAACACUCUUGGUCGUUGGUAUAUAUAUUCUGUAUUACUUGUAGUGCUUUCUUUCAUAUUAUGUUCUUUGAGAAUUUGGUGAUUUGUUGAUUGCCUGAGUGUAAGAAAUGGCAUUUUUUAAACUGUGUGAUAUGGGGAAAUAUUUACAUGCGAUAGUUACAUACUGUUCGCAAGGCUGUGGAAAUCUGUAUGCAUAUAUAUAUUUGUGCCCACAUUCGAACUUGGUCAAAAUAAAAACAUUUGCCAACAUUCACACUCAACAAGAUCUUCCUUACAUUUUGAGUAAUUUACCUCCAUAUGGGAAUAUAUUUCUUGCCAAGGAAGUCUUCAGUUUGUAAUAAUUUAUUUAAUCAAAAAUGGAUACGAUUUGCCUUUGCCUUUUUUUUUUUACUUGCAUCCAGCCAUUUUAUGAACUCACAUCAACCACACUGAUAUUCCUCGACCACACCACCUGAGUAAACAAAAACGAAUCACAAUGCAACAUGUUUUGCCCUCAUACUACUGGUGACUAAACCAUGUUCAGUAGCACUGAAGCAAGUGCACAACGGCCACUGGUCCUGAGUCAAGUAAACAUCUGUAAGAACUACAUGUGUUUUUUUGCUCCCUAAGUCAGUUAUAUAAACUGCAAGUGAGAAAUGAGCUAGCUGCAUUAAACUCAUUGUGUCUAUUCUGAUGCAUUAAAUCAUAAAUGUACAUCCUCUUCAUCAAUAAUAGAUUCACUAUCCAUUGACAGAAUCAGAACUGAUUACAUACUAGGGACAGACCAUUUGAUAUUCUAUCCCCAAAAAGUCUUGAAAACGUUGAAAAAAAACAAAAUUGCCUGACGCAAAGACAUUAUUGCUGGGCGAGUUUCUUUAAAAAAGUCGGGCUCAUGGUUUUAGAUGAAAUGUAUAUUGGGUUUUGGAGCUGUAGCUGAAGGGAUAUUUAAUCUGGAAACAAAAAUCCCAAGCCCCACCACCACCAGAAUACCAAAUGGUCAGUCCUUUACAAAGCGUAUGUUAGCAUUGAACUAAAAGAACAGGAGCCUUGUGAUGUCUACAUCAAGUUGGAUCAAAUGUGAAGAUCCAAUGAGGCUAGUAGUCAUCAUCUGUUGAUGGUAGAGGGCACUCGACAGAGGAGUGGGCUACCUACCCUUGUCUCACUUCAGCUCUUGUACGUAUCUUGUAACGCACUUGUGUUGUUUUAUCUAAUGUCACAUGGAGAUGUUUGGGGAGGACUUUCAUAUGAAGCUAAUAAAAUCUUUCAAGAAAUAAA